AACCUAAAGAACAUUACAGACAGUAGACCGGACAAGAAUUUUUUGGGCACCAUUGACAAGUUGAACGAGAUUAAAACAAACGUAGAGUUUUCAAAGUUGUGGGACAAACUUUGCUUUGACAUCAAAACAGGUCAAGAAGAUUGCCGUUCACUAGCUGCUGAAAAUAAGGACAUCAUUUUGAGUUGGUGGGCGACUCCAUGCGCUACAGACAUUGCUACCUCGGAAGUCUCAAGCGGCAAUGUAAUCUUCAACUCACUUUGCAUUAGCACGCUGAAAAGCUGUUGUCCAGAUGGCCAUUAUGGUGCUGAAUGUCUGCCGUGUAUUGGAUUUCCAAAUAAUAUCUGCUCCAACAAUGGAAAAUGUGCCGGCGCAGGAACCAGAUUAGGAAACGGACAUUGUGUUUGCCGAAAAGGCUACACCGGAAAGGAUUGCAGCAAAUGCGAUAAAGCCUUUUACCAAGACCUGACUUUGGGUAAUUCAAACGGCAACAUUCAGUGUUUGCACUGUGACGUUAGCUGCGCGGAAACGUGUUUCGCCGGUGGACCUCGUGGUUGUCAUGUUUGCAAGAAAGGCUACGCCUGGGAUAAUAAUUUCGGCUGUUUUGACAUUGACGAGUGUGACCCUGAGACUGGAACGCACACUUGCUCGAGGAACACCUUUUGCAUCAACACCGAAGGAUCCUAUCAGUGUUACGAGUGCGACAACGCCUGUGACUCGUGCAUUGGCGAUGGGCCUGAUGCCUGCAUCAAGUGUGCAAAAGGCCACAAACUGCAGAAUGGAGUAUGCGUGAACCCAAACCCGAAACCAGCUUUCCCUGCCCAUGCUUCCCCGGCCCGUUACGUCACCUAUCUCGGUCUCACCGCUGUGCCCUGUAUCAUCUUCCGUCACAACAUAUAUCUUGCAUCUCUAAUAGGCUUUUUGGUUUCUCUCUACAUUAUUAUCUCUGAGAGGUCAUUGGACACCGAAUCGGGUCGCUCAAUAGAUGAGUGGUUGCAGAAGGUAGCGCCUAGUUGGUUUCUCAGUGCCACAGAAGUUUGA